AUGUACUGUAACUCCUACUUCUUGAAUCGACAGGUCUUGUUCCUUUUGGUGCAGUUCGUUCUGCUCACGUCACAAGAUGAAUUGAGAGCGUCGAGUCUGUGUUCACCACCUACUACACAGCAAGCCUUGGCGCAGUUAAACAAAUCUGGUGGCGGACCUCUGGGCAAAUUCAACAAAAACUACAUGGCCUUUACCAUGAAUGAGGCGUUAAACAACUUUAAAAACCUGAUCACGCAACAACCAGUGAACUUUUCAGCGGCUAUAUUAAAAUCUUCAAGUUUAUCAGCACCCUUAUCGACGGGCGCGUGCACCUCUACUCAGAGCAAUUUCCCAUAUUGCAACACGUGCCCGGUCAUGACCGACCUUGGCGAAGACAGGUUUCCUCGUUUUAUCAACGAAGUCACAUGCCAGACAGAGAACACGCUUUGUGGUGUGCAGGGAAAUGGAUAUUGCAAAACCACAUCAAUAUCUCAGCAGCUAUUGCUGUGGCAGUGUAAUCCGGCAACUGGCCAAGAAAAAUUUAUAGCCUUUACUCAAGAGAUCAGAAGCUGUUGCGAGUGCUUUUUGUUCUAA